UUUAAAUGUAUAUCCAACGACAUUGCUUUUUAAAGAUAAUUUAUAAAUCAUUAUUAUAAUUCAAAGCAGCUAUGCUGAAACUGUUGUGGUGGACGAUCUUUGGAGAUGAUUUUGAUGUGGAUUUUGUUCUUCCGUGUGGUUAUAGCCGAUCCCUAUGAUCGUUUUAGACCAUCUUUUGCCGAAGCUGUAAUCCCAAAUGACAGAACGCUACAUGAAAUAUCGCCAACUCCCGAUUGGAGAACACCGUAUGCCGACGGCAGGUCCGACUUGCCUCGUAAAAGACAGCCACUCUCCGAUAGCAGAUCCGGAUUUACACAUAACAGACCGCCUUCUGCGUAUAGAGUACCUAAUGUUCCUCGUGGUGUCCCGAGGUAUUUGCAAGCCCCUUAUGUAUCCGGUGCUCGAGCAAGAUUAGAACAAACAAGAGCUUCAUACCGUUUAAAUGGCCAACCAACAUCGCCACCUCGUCUUCGGGAAUUUCCAUUUGCCGGUAGUCCAGAAGCAAGACGGGUGCAAAAACGUCGAGCAUUUCCUAUGCACAACACUGGAUCACCCGAUUUUAAUAGAUUAACAGCACCGCAAAAUGGACGCAUGAACCGAUUUACUGUGUCCGUGAGACCAGAACCAUCAAGGGGGGCAGGUUAUCGAAGAACAAGAUUACCAACAGAACCAACGCGUAGGGGUGCAACUUUGAGUCGCAUCAAUCUAGACAUUGCUAUGGCAUCGCCGAGAAGAAGAGGGCAAGCUUGGUAUAGAGACCAAUCGGAAAGACAAGGAAAUCCUGUGCUUCGUAGCCUUGCUCUCACGAGGCCAUCGAGGGGCAACAUAGCUCCCGUUCAAACAUUUCCUACAUACGUAUCGUAUAGCUAUUAUAAUACGAAAACGUCUGGUUCACCACGGGUCGGUAACAAUGCAUAUACUCAACGAAAACGUGUGUUACCUUCAGCUCGUUCGAUGAUAAGUGGAAAUCGUGUUAUAAAAAAUCCACAGAACAAAAUGUCUCUUUCAGCUUUUCAUGCACAAUCCGAAGUUGAACGCAACGCAAUACAGACAAUACAAGACAGACACGAAAGUUCAGAUAGAAACAAUUCAUCGUAUGUCAACAUUUCAAUUGCCAGAGAUAUUUUUGCUGAUUUCAAUAAUGGACAACACGGCAAAAGUAGUCUUAAAUACAUCAACACACACUACCCUAUUUUUAGAACAACCUCAUUGUUAAAAAUGCGGAUACAAAAGGAAAUUAAUGAACAGUCAGUAAAAAAAGGAAAACGAAAAGAUAAUGAAUCCGACUGGCUUAAAGGACUUUGGAAUAAUCUAACCCCAAAUAAUUCCACUUAUGAGGACGUAAAUGGAAACAAAGUCAUCAAUUCUUUGAUUUUUAACAAUAAUUUCGCAAAUCCGCAAAAAGGCGCUACGAUCAACUCCUCCAAAGUGAAUGUAGAAAAUCAACUUAUAAUUGGGAACACCGUAUUCGAGGGAAAUCGAAUUGGCAACGAAGGGUUUGCAUUGAAUCCUAGUGCAUCAGAACGUUUUACAAAUAAGACACCUACCAGCGACCUGUUUAGACCUAAUAUGCAUACAAAAAACAUUACCGCAGCAGACACAGAUGCUUCAAACGCAAUUUUCGAUACUGCAAAUGUUACAGACUUAUGGGAAACAAUGGUUGAUACCACACGCAACGUAUAUAAAUCAAACAUACCCAAGGAUACCUCAACAAACGCAGAUAUUUCAAACACCAAGGUUGACACCGUGAGCAAGACAAAUUUAUCAAAUACAAAAUUGGAAAGCGCAUCGAAUAUCUACAAUUUAAACACACUAGUGGAUACUGAAAUGACCAUAGACAAUACAAACAUAAUAGUGGAAACUGGAACGAACAAAGACACUUUAAACACAAACGUGUAUACCGCCACGAACAUUUCAAACAAACAAGUUGAUUCUGGAGCAAACAUUGACAAUUUAAACACACUAGUGGUUAGUGGAACAAAUAUAGAAGAAAAUUUUAACACACUUGUGGGUACUGGAACAAACAUUGACAAUUUUAACACACUUGUUGAUACUGGAACGAACAUAGGCAAUUUUAACACACUAGUGGAUACUGGAACGAACAUAGACAAUUUUAACACACUAGUCGAUACUGGAACGAGCAUGGACAAUUUAAACAUACUUUUUGAUACUGGAACGAACAUGAACAAAUUUAACACACCUAUCGAUACUGGAACGAACAUAGACAAUUUAAACACACCUGUGGAUACUGGAACGAACAUAAACAAUUAUAACACAAUAGUGGAUAGUGGAACAAGCAUGGGCAAUUUUAACACACUUGUGGAUACUGGAACGAACAUGGACAAUUUUACCGAACUUGUGGAUAAUGGGACGAACAUGGACAAUUUUAACACACUUGUAGAUACUGGAACGAACAUGGACAAUUUAAACACACUUGUGUAUACUGGAACGAACAUGGACAAUUUAAAUACACUAGUGGAUACUGGAACGAACAUGGACAAUUUAAACACACUUGUGGAUACUGGAACGAACAUAGACAAUUUUAACACACUAGUGGAUACUGGAACGAACAUAGACAAUUUAAACAUACCUGUGGAUAUUGGAACGAACAUGGACAAAUUUAACACACCUAUGGAUACUGGAACGCACAUGGACAAUUUUAACACACUUGUGGAUACUGGAAUUAACGUAGACAAUUUUAACACACUUAUGGAUACUGGUACGAACAUGGACAAUUUAAACCGACUAGUGGAUACUGGGACGAACAUGGACAUCUUUAACACACAAGUGGAUACUGGGACGAAAAUAGAUAAUUUUAACACACUAGUGGUUACUGGAACGAACAAAGACAAUUUAAACACACUAGUGGAUACUGGGACGAACAUGGACAAUUUUAACACACUUGUAGAUACUGGAAUGAACAUGGACCAUUUUAACACACUAGUGGAUACUGGAACGAACAUGAACAAUUUUAACACAGUAGUGGAUACUGGAUCGAACAAGGACAAUUUUAACACAAUAGUGGAUGCUGGAACGAACAUGGACAACAAUUUUAACACACUUGUGGAUACUGGAACGAACAUAGAACAUUUUAACACACUUGUGGAUACUGGAACGAACAUGGACAAUCUAAACACACUAGUGGAUACUGGGACGAACAUAGGCAAUUUUAACACAUUAGUGGAAACUGGAACGAACAUGGACAUUUUAAACGCUCAUUUGGAUACUGGAACGAACAUAAACAAUUAUAAUACAAUAGUGGAUAGUGGAACGAGCAUGCACAAUUUUAACACACUUGUGGAUACUGGAACGAACAUGGACAAUUUUAUUACACUUGUGGAUAAUGGGACGAACAUGGACAAUUUAAACACACUUGUAGAUACUGGAACGAACAUGGACAAUUUAAACACACUUGUGGAUACUGGAACGAACAUGGACAAUUUAAAUACACUAGUGGAUACUGGAACGAACAUGGACAAUUUAAACACACAUGUGGAUACUGGAACGAACAUAGACCAUUUUAACACACUAGAGGAUACUGCAACGAUCAUAGACAAUUUAAACACACAUGUGGAUACUGGAACGAACAUAGACAAUUUAAACACACCUGUGGAUAUUAGAACGAACAUGGACAAUUUUAACACACUUGUGGAUACUGGAACGAACAUAAACAAAUUUAACACACCUAUGGAUACUGGUGCGAACAUGGACAAUUUAAACACACUUGUGGAAACUGGAACGAACAUAAACAAUUAUAACACAAUAGUGGAUAGUGGAACAAGCAUGGGCAAUUUUAACACACUUGUGGAUACUGGAACGAACAUGGACAAUUUUACCGAACUUGUGGAUAAUGGGACGAACAUGGACAAUUUUAACACACUUGUAGAUACUGGAACGAACAUGGACAAUUUAAACACACUUGUGGAUACUGGAACGAACAUGGACAAUUUAAAUACACUAGUGGAUACUGGAACGAACAUGGACAAUUUAAACACACUUGUGGAUACUGGAACGAACAUAGACAAUUUUAACACACUAGUGGAUACUGGAACGAACAUAGACAAUUUAAACAUACCUGUGGAUAUUGGAACGAACAUGGACAAAUUUAACACACCUAUGGAUACUGGAACGCACAUGGACAAUUUAAACACACUUGUGGAUACUGGAAUUAACGUAGACAAUUUUAACACACUUAUGGAUACUGGUACGAACAUGGACAAUUUAAACCCACUAGUGGAUACUGGGACGAACAUGGACAUCUUUAACACACAAGUGGAUACUGGGACGAAAAUAGAUAAUUUUAACACACUAGUGGUUACUGGAACGACCAAAGACAAUUUAAACACACUAGUGGAUACUGGGACGAACAUGGACAAUUUUAACACACUUGUUGAUACUGGAAUGAACAUGGACCAUUUUAACACACUAGUGGAUACUGGAACGAACAUGAACAAUUUUAACACAGUAGUGGAUACUGGAUCGAACAAGAACAAUUUUAACACAAUAGUGGAUGCUGGAACGAACAUGGACAACAAUUUCAACACACUUGUGGAUACUGGAACGAACAUAGAACAUUUUAACACACUUGUGGAUACUGGAACGAACAUGGACAAUCUAAACACACUAGUGGAUACUGGGACGAACAUAGGCAAUUUUAACACAUUAGUGGAAACUGGAACGAACAUGGACAUUUUAAACGCUCAUGUGGAUACUGGAACGAACAUAAACAAUUAUAACACAAUAGUGGAUAGUGGAACGAGCAUGCACAAUUUUAACACACUUGUGGAUACUGGAACGAACAUGGACAAUUUUAUUACACUUGUGGAUAAUGGGACGAACAUGGACAAUUUAAACACACUUGUAGAUACUGGAACGAACAUGGACAAUUUAAACACACUUGUGGAUACUGGAACGAACAUGGACAAUUUAAAUACACUAGUUGAUACUGGAACGAACAUGGACAAUUUAAACACACUUGUGGAUACUGGAACGAACAUAGACCAUUUUAACACACUAGAGGAUACUGCAACGAUCAUAGACAAUUUAAACACACAUGUGGAUACUGGAACGAACAUAGACAAUUUAAACACACCUGUGGAUAUUAGAACGAACAUGGACAAUUUUAACACACUUGUGGAUACUGGAACGAACAUAAACAAAUUUAACACACCUAUGGAUACUGGUGCGAACAUGGACAAUUUAAACACACUUGUGGAAACUGGAAUGAACGUAGACAAUUUUAACACACUUAUGGAUACUGGUACGAACAUGGACAAUUUAAACGCAAUUGUGGAUACUGGGACGAACAUGGACAUUUUUAACACACAAGUGGAUACUGGGACUAAAAUAGACAAUUUUAACACACUAGUGGAUACUGGAACGAACAAGGACAAUUUAAACACACUAGUAGAUACUGGGACAAACAUGGACAAUUUUAACACACUAAUGGAUACUGGGAUGAAAAUAGACAAUUUUAACAAAUUUGUGGAUACUGGAACAAACAUAGACAAUUUUAACACACCUGUGGAUACUGCAACGAGCAUGGACAAUUUUUACGCACUUGUGUAUACAGGAACGAACAUAAACAAUUUAAACACACUUGUGGCUCCUCGAACGAACAUAAACAAUUUAAACACAAUUGUCGAUUCAGCAAGUAACAAAGACAAUGUCACAUCAAAUUCAUCAAUCAUAAUUGUGGAUACAUCGCAGACUCAUGAAAAUGAUUUAUUAUUUAAGAUUGACAAAUACAUUAAACAGCAUUCGGGCGCUUCUUCUCGCGAUACUACUAGUGACGUUUCUAUUGACCAACAUGCGGGCGUUACAGUUAGCGAUAAUGCUCGAGUGGAUUCCAUUGACAAGCUUUCGGGUGUCACAACUAGUAAUACCGCUCAAGAUGUUUUCAUUGACAGACAUGCGAGUGUUACAUCUAAUGAUUUAGCAGAGCUUUUAAUCAACCAGCAAACGACAGUUAAAUAUAGUGAUAUCGCUAAUGAAAGCCUAAAAGGUUCAUACCAUCUUAUAAAUUCACCUUUGAGAAACGAAUCUGAGGGAAUUCAAUCAGUUGAUACAUUGCAUAUCAUUUCAACACUUGCAGGUAAUCUAACUAAGACUGUAAUAAAGACUAAUAUAACGACAGAGAGGGCAGAUAAUGAUGAAAAUAAAGCGAAUAUGUGGCCAUACAGAACAUUUCACAAUAUGCUUAAUAAUGGUGAGGAGGCCUUUCAGGUCAAUAUAUCUAUGGAGAAUAACAUUUUCGUUCAACAAAAAAGGACACUUGGUACCGUAAGUGUUAAUAAUAUAAUAGAUCAAUUAGGUAAGUCAGUGAAAAAUAAUAAUAAAUCGAGCGAACUUUUCACUCAAAAUGUGCUGAAGCAAAAUGUAUCGAAACUGUUCGUGCAAAAUACAACUGAUAGAGAAAACAAUAUAAUGAGAACUAAUGACAAGAAUACUGUUUGGACAAAUGAGUCAUCGGAUCAAAAGGAGUUUAGAAAAGCUGACCAUUCCAACAUCGAUCACAAGAAAACUAGGAAUAUUCCAGUAAACCACAACGUACACUCAGAUGAUGUGCAUAUUCAAUUUCAGAAGACAACAGAAUCAAAUGCAAAGCCAUUCAUCGAUUAUAUCUGGACCUUUUCGAACAAUUAUAGAAGACAAUUAUCUGGCCAGUUUGAUUUUGCUAAAUCAGUGGUUAAUAAGUCGAUGCCAGCUAUGUACAUGUUUAACGUUUACCAUCUUGGAAAAUUACCAUCCGAAAGCCAUCCUAACGUGAAAAAGACAACCAAACAUCAUAACAACAUCAUAAAAAACAUACCAACUUCAGGAACAUUUUUCCAAAGUCACAUAGACACACAUACACGAACAAAACGUCAAUCUAACCAGGAUCCCGUUUCAAGAGAUAUUUUACGCAAGCUGCUUUUUGGACUACUUUUGGUAAGCAGCGGGUCCACCAAAAGCAAGCCUCCACUUGUUCUUGACCAAAGUCCCCAUAAACCGCCAUCUUUAAUCCCUUCAAAACAAACACACGCUCCGGUAAUUAACCGGGAUAUGAAGGAUACGUUAAUAUAUAAAUUCUCAGAAAACGCUACUUUUUCACUUUUGAAAAGCCUAUUGUAUGGACCACUUAAGCAUAAAGAACAUGGUAUUCAAAGCACUUUCGAAUCAGAAAAGAAACUUAAGUUUUCACGGUCUGACAUGACAAAUGUGCCAUCGACUGAUGCAUUAAUAAAGGGAAGUAAAAACUUCGAGAAAACUACUGACAGUAAUGUUAUGAGAACUGUUGAAAGUACUGUUAAAACAGUCUUUAACAACACCUCUCCUGUAUAUACUGUUAAACCCAGUAUAAGUGAAAGAGACAUGCUAAUACGGCUGUUGAAUGGUACUUUGCGUUACAGAGAUGUUUGAUUCUGAUACUCAAACAUAUUUAAAAGAAAACUAAAACAUGUGUCUGAUUGAUUGAUGGAUUGGUGGAUGGUUGAUUGGUGGGCUAUUUUAUUGCUUCUUGUAAAGUGUGAAACAAACGCUACACAUUGUUCUAUCGUUGUUUUAUGUCUUUUUCAAUGUUCACUAUCAUUAUCAUAGCAUUAUCAAAAGAGAUAUGAUUAUUAAAUGAAUCAAUUGAAGUACUGGUGUUGUUUGUUGUUGUUGUUGUUGCUUUAAGGUAUCGUUAUUAUAUUUAAACUUGUAAUGAAUGACGAAUACUGUAACACUAUCAGAUAGAUGUUAACACAUGCAUUAAAUGUUAUUUGCGACAAACAAAUCAAAAACCAUACCUUUCCAAAGCACAAACGAAUCUACAACAAG